AUGCACGAGGCGAAGCACGGCUUCCCGAGAAUGCUAGGGAGCCUCGAUUGCAUGCAUUGGCCAUGGAAGAAUUGUCCAACGGCAUGGCAUGGCGCAUACACUCGCGGCAAUCAGGGGGGACCGACCAUCAUCCUCGAAGCCGUUGCAUCGCAAGAUCUAUGGAUCUGGCAUGCUUUUUUUGGGACUCCUGGUUCGAACAACGACAUCAACGUGCUCAACAACUCGACUUUUUUCAACGAUCGACUGCAAGGAACGGGGGUGCCGGUCACAUAUCAAGUCAACAACGCCUACUGUACAAGUGGGUACUACUUGGCUGACGGCAUCUAUCCCAAUUGGCCGGUAUUCGUGAAGAGUCCUACACAUCCGACGGAUCUGAAGGGAAAGAGAUUCAAAGUGAUGCAGGAAGCGGCUCACAAGGAUAUUGAACGAGCCUUCGGCGUCCUUCAAGCUCGUUGGACAAUCGUCGAAGGACCAUCGCGUCUUUGGUGCAAGGAGGAGAUGAGCGACAUCAUGUUCACGUGCAUCAUUUUGCACAACAUGAUCAUCGAAGACGAAGGCGAGCACGCAACACAGUGGGAAGAAGACGCCGACGAAGCUUCGAGUAGCGCCGCAUCUCAACCUCGUGCCGAAAAGGAAAGUGUGUCUUCAUAA